CAAGAAAAGGGAAAAGAAAAAACCUGAAAAAAAACCGAAAAGUGUUUGCACAAAAGUUCUGGUAAACUGAACACUUUUUCCAUCACGACCGCCACAACAAAACGUAUUUUUCAAGCGAGCAGAAUACAUGCCGAAGGUAGUGAAAAAUACUACGAAAAAAAUGUUUCUCCCCUAAACUGAGUUGGAAUAUUGUAUCAGUACAAUAGAAAUAUGAUUGCGUCAAGAGAUGUCGAUCUGUAAUUGAUAAGCUGGGCCGAGAAUACCACUGCUGUGAAAAAAAGCAAAUAUUUGAACAGUUUUAUGUGGUUUGCGUUGAUGGAAUUUAUUUCGAAAAACAACUAAUUGAAAAUGAUUCGCAUUCGGAGAAAGUUCGUAUUCAUUCUAUCCGCAGUUUCACUUUUUGUUAUUUUACUGCUCUACAUCAUUUUGAACCAUUCAAUUCCUAGUGAAAAACCGAAUAAUGAUUUACUGUUACUGGAGGACAAAAUCAAAAAGCUGGAAACUGGGUUGAAUAAACACCGGCGUGAGUUCGGUGCUAUGAAACAGCAGUUUGAGAGUAUUCAAACCAACGGUGUUGACGGUAAGGAACAGCGAAAUGAUGGGGAUGAAUAUGGUGAGGAAUCCCGGCUGGAUAAAGUGCCUGCUGUAGCGGCCCCCCAUUUGGGUAAUCGAGAAAUGCUGAAGGAUUCGGUUAUCAGUGCCAAUCGUGACACAGGGGGUAGCUGUGCUCUGCGGACCGACAUCGUUCCGCAGCCGGACAUCCAAAUGCUGGAUUUUUAUGAGAGGGUUCCUUUCGAGAACAUAGACGGUGGUCCCUGGAAACAAGGCUGGCGUAUACAGUAUAAUGAAAAACACUGGAAUCAGCAUCAAAAACUGAAAGUGUUUGUGGUGCCACACUCGCAUAACGAUCCAGGUUGGAUUCACACCUUUGAUGAGUAUUACGACAAGCAAACCAAACUAAUCUUUGUUAAUAUGUUGCGUCACCUUGAGGAGAAUCCCGGCCUGAAGUUUAUAUGGGCCGAGAUAAGCUACUUUGCAAAGUGGUAUGACGCUUUAGCACCACAAAAUAAGGACAUUGUUAAGAAAUUAGUAAAAAACCGCCAGCUGGAGUUUGUGACUGGUGGCUGGGUGAUGCCAGAUGAAGCCAAUUCCCAUUGGUAUUCCGUUUUACUGCAAUUGACCGAAGGCCAAACGUGGUUGAAGACUAGACUCAAUGUGACUCCAACCUCGUCCUGGACCAUCGACCCGUUUGGAGAGUCGGCUGCAAUUCCUUACAUUCUGAAAAAUUCAGGUUUCGACAAUUUGCUAAUACAACGGACGCAUUACAUUGUGAAGAAAAAUUUGGCACUGCAGCAACAGCUGGAAUUCCGCUGGCGUCAGCUCUGGGAUACUCGCGGCGAAACGGAUCUUCUGACACACAUGAUGCCGUUCUAUUCGUACGACAUCCCGCAUACUUGCGGGCCUGAUCCGAAAAUUUGCUGUCAAUUCGAUUUUAAGCGGCUGCCAAACUUUGGAGUGUCGUGUCCAUGGCGAGUUGCUCCACAGAAAAUCACCAAUGAUAAUGUGGCUAAAAAAGCGGAAUUAAUUUUGGACCAAUGGCGAAAGAAAUCCGUACUCUACCGGACGCGGAAUGUGCUCAUUCCGUUAGGUGACGAUUUUCGCUAUACGCACAGUACGGAGUGGGAGGAACAGCGUGUCAACUACGAGAAGCUGUUUGAUUAUAUGAACAAUGAACCGUCGUUGAAUGUCGAAGCAAAGUUUGCCACUUUGCAGGAAUACUUCGAUGCUCUCCGGUCCAGCAUGGAGCCGGAGAAGUUCCCAUCGCUAAGUGGUGAUUUCUUCACCUAUGCCGACGUAAACGAAGAUUACUGGAGUGGAUACUACACUUCGCGACCGUACCAUAAACGGCAAGAUCGGAUUUUACUCAACUACAUCCGCACGGCGGAGAUGCUGCAUGCCUGGCACAGCUGGGACGCGGAAGCGGACCUGGACCGACGGCUUGAGUAUGCACGCCAACAGCUUUCGCUGUUCCAGCAUCACGAUGGAAUCACCGGAACGGCGCAGAAUCAUGUUGUGAAGGACUAUGCCAACCGGAUGGCGAAGGCCAUAGAGGAGUGCAAGUUUGUGAUGCAACAGGCGGUUUAUAGACUCCUCACCAAACCGUCUGUCUACCAGGCGGACCCGAAGUUCCAAUACCUAAGUAUUGACGAUUCGCGAACGGUCGACGGUGGUGAUAUUUUCCGACCGACCAUCAUCAUUGGCGAUGAGCUCCCUAUUAAGCACGUAGUGGUGCAUAAUUCGCUGCCACACCAGCGGGAAGAGCUGAUUGAGGUGUACAUUGGAAAACCAUUUGUUACCGUGCAGGAUGCACGGGAUGGGUCGACCGUGACGGCGCAGAUAGCACCGGUGUGGUCUUGGACUACUCGACCGGAUGGAACUAGCAAUCCGCAAGCGUCAACUACCAAGUAUCGAUUGCUGUUCCGCGCAUCGGUUCCUCCGUUAGGGUUGGUGGUAUACACCAUCAAAUCUUGCAACCGCAUUGCUGAGAGCCUUGGUGUUUCCUACGCAAAGGUGAGCAUUCUUUCACACACCCCAUUUUCGGUCAAUCUCAACGGUUACCCAGAAGCCGAAGAAUUCGCCGAUCCAAGAGAAACAUCACUAAAAAUUGGUGAUGGUCCGGGGGCCUCGUUUAACGCUUAUGGCUUGCUGAAGUCAAUGUCUAUCGAAAGUAGCACGGUGCCAAUGCAUUUGUCCUUUUUCAAAUAUGGAAUGAAAUUCGGCUCCGGCAAAAGUGGUGCCUAUUUGUUCCAUCCGGAUGGGCCUGCCACCGAGUUGAGACCACGAGAUCCGAUAGUUUUAAUCGUGAAAGGAACACUAGAAGCAAGCGUCACAACCGGGUUACCUUUUGCCGUACAUCAGACCAUUUUGCGUGGGGAUGCAGUCGAAAUACGCAAUCUCGUGGAUAUUGGCGAACGGGAGAAUACGGAAAUUGUCAUGCGUAUAUCGACCAACAUCAACAGUGGCGAGUACUUCUACACAGAUCUCAACGGGAUGCAAAUUAUUAAGCGAAAACGGUUCAACAAGCUUCCCCUGCAGGCCAACUACUAUCCGGUUCCCUCAUCAAUGUUUAUCCAGGACGAGAACUUACGACUGACGAUUCUCAGUGGGCAACCACUUGGUGGGGCUUCGCUGAAAACAGGAGAGAUGGAAAUCAUGCAGGACCGCCGGCUCUCACAGGACGACGAUCGUGGUCUCGGACAUGGAGUGCUGGACAACCUGCCGGUACUGCAUUUGUUCCGGUUGGUGCUGGAAAGUCGUGAGUCAUGCACCAAACUUGACCCCGGUUAUCCGGCAGGUUUUUUGACUGCUAACGCCCAUAGCGAACUACGGUCGCUGCUGCAUCCACUGGAGAAGUUGAUAUUCAACGAAAACGAAUGGACCGGACUGCUGCCCAGCUUCGGCGCUAAUCAUGAACCACUGGAGAGAGGAAUGGAACUGGUAGCGAUAAGAAAUUUACCUCACAUACGCCUGGGUAAAGAGAAACGGCCGUCCGUGGGGCUGGUUGUGCAUCGGACCAACUUCGAAGAUUGCGGUUCGGAGGCCAAUGGUGAAGGGAACUUGAGCAUCAAAAAGUUGUUGAAUUUAAACGACGGAUAUGAGAUCUACAGUUCCCUGCUGACGCUACUGCAAAAACAGGACCUAGUGUCAUCCGAUGAUAUCAGUCUUUGUCCGAUGGAUAUUAAAGCUUACGUCAUUAAGCGGUAAACGUGAGUAAUUCUUUGCUAGCAUCAAUUUAUUCGAGCCGUACCACAGACUAUGUUUGAAACAAAUGUAAAAAAAGCACGCUUAGGAGGCCCUACCGGCAGUAGCGGUAACAAACUAAUUUAUUGCAGUAAUACUAUUCAUUUAAGAAUAGAAAAAGAAAUAUUGCAACAGGCGUAUACCUUACACACAGCUACUAGAAGGCUACAGUGUCACGGAUGCUGUUAGCUAAACCUUACCUGAUUACGACUAGGUACGUAUUGGAUAGAGAAUUGGACGCAACUGGAAUUAAAGUUGAAUUGAUUUCAUAAGCUAUGAUUGCAGUGUGACAGCGAUAUAACUAUAUUAUUUCAGUGACAAAGGAAAAUACAUUCUGAAAAAAAAACAUCUUGAUAUGCACAUUAAAUCACGAAACACACACACUUAAGAUGACUGUGUAUUGACGACGUAACGAUC